AUGGUGAAAAAACGCAAUGAGGGGAAGGUGAGCGCCAAGCUGAAGCAGAAGCCCAACUAUGGACCGGUUAAAAAUCGUCAAACCUUCCGCGGUUCAAACCACAGUAUGAAUCCAGGUAUACAGAUCUUUCUGUUUACAUUUUUGCAACGCGUUAGAUUUACAGACCGUCAGAAAGAUGCGGGUGACAAAAGUCAACGUUCCAAAGCAACAAUCAACCGUCUUCGCAUGUAUAAAAGCUUCAAGGCCAUCCGGUUAGAUUCUAUUCACUUGAAAUUGACGAACCGUUGAAUUUUGUAGAGAUUCGAGCGGAAAAAUCGUUAAAGCGGCUCCUUUUCAGUCGUGGCUCAGUGCAGGAACACAAGCUCGCGUGGAACCGAACCGUAAAUGGUUCGGUAAGUUAUUUUUCUUUCUUUAAAAAGCCCUUAGACUAAGAAAUUAUUAAAAAACAUUUUUUUUCUUCCAGGAAACACCCGUAUCAUUGGUCAGGAGCAAUUGCAAAAGUUCCAGGAAAACUUGGGCAAAGUCAUGAAAGAUCCUUUCCAAGUAAGAUAUUGACGCCAAAACGGGAAGAAAAAGCAAAUUUUCUUAGGUCGUCAUGAAACAAACCAAGUUGCCCAUCAGUUUGCUGCAAGAAAAGGCCAAGGUUGGUUCUUUCAAAAUGGUCGAAAAAUAUGAUUUUUAUUCAGACCCAACGGGUCCACAUCACCGAGACAGAAAGCUUUGAGUACACUUUUGGAAAGAAGGCGCUCCGCAAAAAGGCCAAGCUCAGCACGGAUAACUUGGAGGUUCCUUGUUUACUAGUUGGAAAGAAAAUUGAAAUUUUGUUCAGGAACUCGCCAAAGCGGCCGGGGAACGUGAAGAUAAGUACGACGCGGCUCGUGAUAGAGAUUUGCAGGUUUUUAUUUUUCAGAAUAAAGUCCGAAGUAAUCAUUCUAAAUUCCAUUAAAACUUGAUUGAUUAGCUCCAAGUUUUUGUACAAAAAAUGUAAGCUAAUUAUGAAUCGGUAAUUUUAUUUCAAUCCAUGUAAGAAGCUUACUUCAUUUUUGAUUAUUUUCAAACUUUCAGAGAGAGAUUGACGAACGACCAGAAAACCCAAAUCCUUUGUUCCGUGCCGGUCAAAGUAACCGAGUCUGGGGCGAACUUUACAAGGUUAUCGAUUCCUCUGACGUCAUCGUGCAGGUUGUCGACGCACGGGAUCCCAUGGUUCGUUUUUUUACGGCUCAUUGAAAAAAAUGAUUUCACAUACAUUUAUUCAGUGUUUAAAAAAUUAGAUCAUCAGGUUUUUUUUGUAAUGCCGUGUUCAAAGUAAUUUCCGCGAAAUGCAAAAUGGUCUCUGACCCUCCAAAAUUUAGAUAUCUUUCUCUUUCUCUGACGGCUAUUUUGAAUUUCGCGGAAUCACUUUGAACACGGCAUAAUAGUUAUAGUCGAGUUUUAAGUUUUCAAUGAUCAGCUACUUCUCUCAUGUAGAAACAGUUCGGGUUCCACAAAAGUCAAUAAAGUUUGGAACCAUCGGAUAAAACGAAAAUUGUUCCGAGAAUUGCUCCCAAAACCUUUUUUCGAAACAACUUUUGGACGCCGAUAAACGCUUUUUUUUAUUUCUCUAAGAAAUUUUCUACGGAGAUGACAGGGAAAGUCAAUUCCUGUACUUAUUCGGAAUAAAUGAAUCAUGAAUUUUAAGUUCGAAAGAAAAUAUUGAUUCAAGCAUUACGUUUAGCAAGGCUUAUCAUAGAGAUCUUGCUUUUAUCAUAUUUUGAAAACGGUAAAGCUAAACAAAUUUUUUAAAUUCGAUUUAACCGGUUUUUUCCCAGGGAACUCGCUGUCGCCACGUGGAAGAGUUUUUGCGCAGAGAAAGGCCUCACAAGCAUUUGGUGACCGUCAUCAACAAGGUCGACCUCGUGCCAACUUGGGUCACGGUGAGAAUUCCCUCAUAUUAUCAGCCUAACACAUUUUGCUUUCAUUGUGAAUUGAGGAGUUUUCAGCGAAAAUGGAUAGGAGAACUGUCGAAAGAAAUGCCGACGAUCGCGUUCCACGCCUCGAUCCAACAUUCCUACGGCAAAGGGGCCGUCAUCAACCUCCUCAGACAGUUCGCCAAACUUCAUCCCGACCGUCAACAGGUCCUUCGGAGCUUUUUGAGAGUCUUGGUUGAUUGUCGACUCUCAGAUCAGCGUCGGCUUCAUCGGAUAUCCAAAUGUGGGCAAAUCUUCGCUGGUCAACACGUUGCGCAAGAAGAAAGUCUGCAAAACGGCACCCAUUGCCGGUGAAACUAAGGUUAUUUUGUCCUUUUUUUGAAGAGAUUUCCAUUCAGAAGGUUUGAAAUUGAAUUUUCCAUCAUUGAAAGAAUUUCUCUGAUCUUUUUGCAAGAAAAUUGAGGAAGAAAUUUCUAAAGCUGUCACUUGAUAAUUUUUCGACAUGAUUUUUUCGAUUUUCAAGACACUCUAACGCGCUGAAAUUUAAAGGAAAUAGCUCUUGAAAUUUCAUCAUUUUUUUAAACUUUGCGUCUAGUUUUUUUUUCUUGAAAGCUGAGAUGUGUAGAUUGGCGAGGAUGACUCCAAUUUUGUCUUUUCUUUUUUUCGAUUUUUUUUUAUUCUUAAUGGUUUAGUUGAACAAAUGGUAGUAUGAAAAAUAAUCGAAAACGGAUUUUUUUUUUACUUUUUUUCAUUUUUUUUAUGUGUUCGACCUUUUCCCGCCAUAAUGCCGCGUCGCGUGCGCAAUGCUUCACCCUUGCCAAUCUACCUAUUUUUCCUUUCAAGUCGGCAAAAAAUGGCUGUACAUUUUUGUAUCUAGUAGCUACGAUAUUUUAAGCAAUCUUUGAAGCUUUAACAUGAACCAAAACGCGUUGAGCCAUUCCAAUUGCGACCGGAAGGUUGAAGUUGGGAGGAACAUAUCUGACAGAAUGAUAGUUUUUACCAACUAAAAGUUUUCUCAUUAGAUUUCUCCGACUAAUUACAGGUGUGGCAAUACGUGAUGUUGAUGCGCCGCAUCUACCUUAUCGAUUGUCCCGGCGUCGUCUACCCACAAGGAGACACGGAGACUCAGAUCAUCCUCAAGGGCGUCGUCAGUCUUUUCCUUCCUCAUUCCCACCUCUUAUACAGAUGAAUAGGUUCUAACAUAGAUGUUCAGGUGAGAGUCGAGAACGUGAAAGACCCCGAAAACCACGUGCAAGGCGUCUUGGACCGGGUCAAGGUGGAGCAUCUCCGACGUCAUUACGGCAUCGGCGAAUGGGAAGAUGUCGAGGAUUUCAUGACCAAAGUCGCCUUCAAGCAGGGACGUCUUCUCAAGGUAUCUCAAGAAGUCUUUGCUUCUGAAUGAAGAGAUCUCAAUAUAGAUUUUCUUUCGAAUAAAGAGGAAUAAUCUAAGAAAGUUUUUUACACACGAUAAUUCAAUGCAUUUUCCUUGAAACUUUCCAACUUUAAAACUGUAACUAGUAGGGAAUUUUUUAGAAAAGCAUAAAAAAUUUAGGAAUGUGCGUUUGGAGUUGAAAUGAAAUUUUUGUUUCAAUUUCUUGCUUUCUUCAUGAACCUUUUCAAAGUACUUGCCCUAGUGUAAAAAUAGAUAGUAAAAUUUCCCCUCCUUUCAAUAUAUUUCUUGUUGUUCUUUUUUUAACCUCAAUUUUUUUAAUGUUUUUCAUCUCUGCGAUUUGAUUAAAGACAAAGGUAUGGAAAAGAAGAAGAACCGCUUUCCAUUUAAAAAAAAAAAUUAAAAUGAACACAGAUUUUUUUCUUAACCCCAAACAUCAAACUCCCAGGGAGGCGAACCAGACAUUAGCACAGUGGCGAAAGCUAUCCUCAACGACUUCCAAAGAGGUCGACUACCGUAUUUCGUGCCUCCCAAGGGAUGUGAAGAACGGGCCAAGACCGAUUACAACGAGGUUCUCGACAAAAAGAAUACAUAUAACCUUUCUCAUGGUUUCAAGGCGCCAAUCAACGAAACGACGGCAGACGAAGAGGAGAAACAAGAGACGAUGAGUGAGAAGGCUGACCAGCCGGAAUCCGACCAGGAGCUGGACGAAGAAGAGGAGGAGAAGAAGGAGGAUGUGGUGAGCAAUGUCAAAAAUGAAAAAGUAAAUAGAACACGUGAAAGAUUAGAGAAAGUAAAGAGUCUGAAUUUUUCUGAUUUGAAUGGUUACGGUAUGAGGAGCUUCAGUCAAGGAUUUAUUAACCGUCUCGACUGUUCUCAUGCUCCGCCGUCGUCUCUCCCAUCAGACGACGACUUGCCGAGCCGAACCCGAGAUCCACACCUACAAAACUAAUAUAAUAAAGACUUUAAUGUCACUCCGUCCCGUCUUUACACGCACACAGAAACAUAUAUAAAAGUCUCAUCCUGGCCACUUUUAUAUAUGUUUCUGUGUCCGUGUAAAGAUCGAGCUCGGCAGAAGUCGGGUUUAGCUUGGCUAGUCGUCGUCUGAUGGAAGCGGCGACGGUGGAACAGGAGCUGAGUCGAGUUUGUAGUCUGAGGAAUUCAGACUCUUUUAUACUCUUUACUUGGUCUAAUCUUUCACGUGAUCUAUUUACAUACUCAAUAUUUUUGUUUCUGGCGAAUAAGGACAUUUUCCCAGUUCAGAGGAAGUUUUGUCGCAUUGAAACACCGUUAAAUCACGAGGAACAACUAAAAAUGCAAAGAAAAAGUAUUCGUUUCACAAUAAAUUUUAUGCGAUCCCUCUGUAAGAAGAAAAAAAAGAGCAAAAAAAUCAAAAAGUUUUUUUUGUCAAUUUUUGCACUGUUGGUUCUACCUACAAAACAAACCAUGGUAUUUUUUUUACCGUGAUUUUAAAAAAAGUCGUGGUUUUUCCGAGUUUAUUCAUUUUUUUCACAGUUUAGCAAGAAAUCAAGUGUUAUUUUUUUUUUUGAAAAAAAAACCUAGUUUAUUUAGAUUAUCCAGAUAUGUUUCUUGAUUUUAGUAGUUUCUUGAACAUGAAGUUUCAAAAUUGUAUUGAAAAUUCGUGGGCAAUCUGAUAUGAAAACCGAAAAAUUGUAGGAAGACGAAGAAGAGAUGACGGACAUCGGCUCGACUUGCAGUGGCUUGACGGAUUUGUCUGGCGUCAGCGAUUUGGAAGAGGACCUCGCGGCGAUGGAAGAAGUCGACAUGGAAGAGGUUCGUUGUUCAAUUCAUUCCCAUAACCCAUUAGAAACUGCUUCAUAAAACAGACCGAGAGAAAAUUAUUUUUACAACCAUCUGAUAAUAGCAGUAUUAUUGAUUCAUUUCACACAGGUUUACGAAAAUGAGAAGCUCGACGGGAUGUUAUAUAACAUUAUCGCGAUGAAGUUUCAUAAAUUUCAAUGGGUUCUAUCGUGGCUAGAAUUUUUUUUUUGCUCUAACACACUCGAAGAGCUAAAAAAAGAAAAAAUUCACAAAAAUUCAUUUUUCUGAUACAGUAUCAACAAGUUGAACAUCAAAGAAACAAUUAUGAGAUCGAUCGGAACAGAGUGGAAUCUAACGCGAAACCUCUCAAUUAAUGAAGUUCUAUCACCUGUCACUUUCGAUUCAGUUUUUGCGGUCAAAAACCGUCAAGAAACUAUGAGCUCUACAGGAACCGAGCUCGUCGAAAGCAACUGAAAAAGAUAAGAAAAAGAAAGGAGAAGGUCUGGCGAACAGAGGACGCGGAAAACGUGCGGGAAAGAAGCUCAACAAAAGGAAAUUGGCCGGAAAAUCCAUCGUGCAGGCGUCGGCCGAAGGGAAUUCGAAGGCUCGGGUUUGUUUUUGAAAAAAGUUAUUUUUUAUCCAAAAAACAUAAAGUUAUCACUUACGAGCUUCUGCCUUAUCAUGUUAACGGCAAUUUACUGAGAACAGUUGAAAAUUCAGAGGAACCCAUUUAAAAAAGUUAGCAAAUAGUUGAUAGUUUUUUUUCUAUAUAGAAUUAAAAAUCGAUAAUGUUUAGUAUGAUGAUCAAAAACGUUAUCAGAAAAGAACUGUUUCAAAAAAGUUUAUACGGAUGCUAAAAAAAAAAGAAAAAAAGCUCCGCGACCAUUAUUUCUAUGCCUGAUAUCGUAUACAAUAUAUAUAAAUGAUAUUUUCAGGGAUUUAUUUUUUUUCAAUUUUUUUAAAAAAACAGCAGAAAAAUUAUUUAGAUUUUUAAUCAGUUUGCCUGCCUCAGAAUCUUUAGAUUUAGAAUUUCUUUUAUCGAUAUUUUUUAAAAUUGAUAGCAAUGAAGAAUUGAGCAAAAAUUUUUGCAAUUUCCCGAAUUUCUACCACAUUUUUUCCGAUUUUCAUUCUCGAAAGUUUCAUUUUCCCCAAAUAAAAUAAUUUUGAAGGGAGUCGUCGAGUUCUCCAAAUCGGACCCCGCCAAGAAGAGCAACAUGUGGAGGAAGAAGCUGGAGAAGCGCCACAAAAAGAAACAUCAGCAAUAA